GGAGAGGGCUGAGGGGAAAAAAGGAGAAGAAAAAACCGGAGCAGAGCUAAAUGGCUUGCGCAUUUCAAAGACGGUUUCCUGUCCCAGUGUACCUGGGCCUCCUGCUUGGUGCUGUGUGCCCCCAAACCGUGGAGGUCGAGGGAGCGGCCUUGAAGUCGGAGGGGGCGCUAGAGAGCGGAGGGGCCGUGAUCAACCACUCCAUGGCCCUGCUGCAGCGGCUGGAGGCGCUGCUGGCCCAGGGGAACGGCAGUGACGUGGUGCUGCGGGUGCAGACGGUCAGCUCGGACGAGGUGAAGGUGGUCCAGGCCCACGCCCUGGUGCUGGCCCUGCAGAGCGAGGUGUUCGACGAACUGCUGCAGAGCCGAAACGCCAGCACCCUGGUGCUGAAGGAGCCGCCCGAGUGCGCCGCCGUCUUCGACAAGUUCAUCAGGUACCUGUACUGUGGUGAGAUCGCGGUGCGCCUGGACCAGGCCAUCCCCCUGCACAAGCUGGCCAGUAAGUACCGGGUGUGGGCUCUGCAGCAGGGCUUGAGCCUGUAUAUGCGUCAGUACAUGGCCAGCGACUCGCCCGGCGGCCAUGUGGUGGGCUGGUACCACUACGCCAUGCAGACGGGCGAUGCGGCUCUGCGGGACAGCUGCCUGCAGUACCUGUCCUGGAACACGUCGGCGGUGCUGCAGAGCGCGGAGUGGGGCUCGGUCAGCGACGGGCUGCUCAUGACCCUGCUGCAGCGGUCCGACCUGGUGCUGCACAGCGAGCUGGAGCUCUUCGAGGCGCUGGAGGCCUGGAUCGGGCAGAACCAGCCGGACGGGCUGACGGUGGAGAACGCCCUGCGGGCCGUCCGCUACGCCAUGAUCCCCCCUCAGCAGCUGUUCCGCCUGCAGAAGCAAUCGCCCGUGCUGCUGAAGUACCACGAGUCAGUGCGCGACCUGCUCUACAUGGCCUACCAGUUCCAUUCCGCCUCCCCGCUGCAGCUCGCCAAGUACUUCGACGUCAACUGCAGCCUGUUCACGCCCCGCAACUACCUGUCGCCCGCCUGGGGCUCGCCCUGGGUCAUCAACAACCCCACCCGCGACGACCGCAGCACCAGCUUCCAGACGCAGCUGGGACCCAGCGGGCACGACUCGGGCAAGCGGGUGACGUGGAACGCCCUGUUCUCGCCCCGCUGGCUGCCACUCAGCAUGCGCUCGGCGUACUCGGGCGAGCAGGGCGGGGCUACCCAGGUGGCCCGUGCUGACGGGGGGGGCGGCGGCCGGCCCCGCAUCAUCGUCACGCCCGCCACCUCCAGCGCCGACUUUGCCGGCGUCAGCUUCCAGAAGACGGUGAUCGUGGCGGCUCGGCAGCAGGGCCGGCUGGUGGUCAGGCAUGUCUACAACUUCCACCAGAGCACCGAGGAGACAGGUGACUUCCUGGCUGAGGCCGACCUGCAGCGGCGCGGGUCCGAGUACCUGAUCGACGGCUCCCUGCACCUGCACAUCGUGGUCAAGCCCCUCUACCACAGCCUCAUCGUCUCAAAGAAAUAGCCCCAACCCUGCCGUGCUCACACACACAUGCUCACACACACACACACACACACACACACUCACACACACACACAU